AUGAGUAAUAGUGGAGGUAUAAAUGAUAAUAAAGAGGAUAGUUAUAAUGAAAGUGAAGAGCUUUCUGAACAAAUCUCAUUUUUUAAUUUGCAUCAAGAAGUUAGUGAUAAUGUAACUAUUGGUUCUGGCAGUAGGACUUCUGUAGUACUUUUAGAAGAUUAA